UAGAGACUAGAGACGGCCAAUGGACCUCUAGAGUCAAAACGUAGCAGACAUUUGUCGUUUCUGUAGCUUCUUGAGCUCACAGAGUCACACCCAUGGCGAGAAGCGAUCCUUUGACUUUGGUCUGUACUCUUCUUCUGUUACUGCCUCCACUAACGGUAGCUGAAGCGGAAUUGGUGAGAUCUGACAAGUUUCCUGUAGUGGUGAGUACUUGGCCUUUUCUUGAAGCUGUUAGAGCCGCUUGGAGAGCAGUUGAUAAUGGGAGCUCUGCAGUAGAAGCUGUUGUGGAAGGUUGUUCUGCUUGUGAGGAACUUCGCUGUGACGGUACAGUUGGGCCUGGUGGAAGUCCAAAUGAGAAUGGUGAGACCAUGAUUGAUGCUUUAGUUAUGGAUGGGGUGACCAUGGAGGUUGGAGCUGUUGCUGCAAUGCGGUAUGUUAAAGACGGUAUUAGAGCUGCAAAUCUAGUGAUGAAAUACUCUCAACACACGUUGCUGGCUGGAGAAGGAGCAUCAGCCUUUGCAAUCUCCAUGGGUCUUCCUGGACCCAUGAACCUAAGCUCCCCUGAAUCCGUAAAGAAGUGGUCGGACUGGAAAGAGAAUCGAUGUCAGCCCAAUUUCAGGAAGAACGUAGUCCCUGAUAAUGACUGUGGACCGUACAAGCCAAACAAUGGUGCUAUGACUGUUUCUGGAGAAAAACGCACUGAAUCUUGCGAGAUGGGAAAGAUUGAGUAUAGACCUCCUCUUGUUGGUCCUCACAAUCACGAUACCAUAUCGAUGGCUGUCAUUGACAAAAUGGGACAUAUAGCUGUUGGGACAUCGACCAAUGGAGCCACAUUCAAGAUUCCUGGAAGGGUUGGUGAUGGACCUAUUGUCGGUUCAUCAGCCUAUGCUGAUGAUGAAGUAGGUGGAUGUGGUGCAACUGGAGAUGGUGACACCAUGAUGCGCUUCCUCCCUUGUUACCAAGUCGUGGAGAGUAUGAGACAAGGAAUGAAACCAGAAGAAGCUGCUAAAGACGCAAUCUCGAGAAUCACAAGGAAGUUUACAGAUUUCGUGGGAGCCGUAGUAGCUGUUGACAAGAACGGGUCUCACGCAGGAGCUUGCCAUGGCUGGACGUUUCAGUACUCAGUCCAGAACCCUGACAUGGACGAUGUUCAAGUCUUCACAGUGCUUCCUUGAAACCGUUUGUAAAUAAAGAUACGGCACGACGUUCACGUAUGGAAAUACCGAAUGGCAAGCUUGUUUGGAGUAUCCCGAAGUAUUCUUUUGCUUUUGCUAAAGAAAAAAAAACAUAGGAAACUCUGUUCUGGGAUCUGUCUGAAUUGAUCAGACAGAAACUAAGGAAAUAUGUUUUUCUCAGUAAACAACAAAACAUAUGAACAAUAGUUGACUUUCUCUGUAAUUUCAUUGAUUACACGAGCGCAUAAAUAAAAUAGGAGAAUUCCUAGGUA